AUGUCCGGUGGGAAAGAAGUAUUCGUUGGCUCGAUCGAUCAAGGCACAACCAGCACAAGAUUCAUCAUUUAUGAUCGCGCUGCCAAACCCGUUGGAUCUCACCAGGUUGAAUUCACCCAGUUCUAUCCUCAGUCGGGAUGGGUGGAGCAUGACCCAAUGGAGAUCGUCGAGAGCGUGAGGAUUUGUAUUGCAAAGGCCGUUGAUAAGGCCACAGCUGCUGGGCACAACGUCGACAGUGGGCUCAAAGCCAUUGGCUUGACCAAUCAGAGGGAGACAACUGUUAUUUGGAGCAAAUCCACUGGCUGCCCUCUUUACAAUGCCAUCGUGUGGAUGGAUGUUAGGACCAGUUCUGUUUGCAGAAAGCUUGAGAAGGAGUUGCCUGGGGGAAGGACCCAUUUUGUCGAGGCAUGUGGCUUGCCCAUAAGCACUUAUUUUAGCGCGCUUAAAGUGCUGUGGCUGCUGGAAAACGUGGGUCCCGUCAAGGAAGCUGUUGAGAAAGGGGACGCGCUUUUCGGGACAAUAGACACGUGGCUGAUUUGGAACCUGACGGGAGGACUCAAUAACGGGUUGCACGUGACUGACGUGUCGAAUGCUUCUAGAACCAUGCUGAUGAACCUCAAGACGCUCGACUGGGACAAGAAGAUUCUGGAUGCGCUCGGGAUUCCCGCCAAAAUCUUGCCGAAAAUCGUGAGUAAUGCCGAGAUUAUCGGGAAUAUCGGCAAAGGAUGGCCGAUACCAGGAAUUCCAAUUGCGGGGUGUCUUGGCGAUCAACAUGCUGCCAUGCUGGGACACUCGUGCCGAAAAGGGGAAGCCAAGAGCACGUACGGUACAGGGGCCUUCAUACUCCUGAACACGGGGGAGGAGAUAAUCCAGUCGAACCACGGGCUCCUCAGCACCCUGGCAUACAAGCUUGGGCCCAAGGCCCAGACCAAUUAUGCGCUCGAAGGGUCGAUUGCGAUUGCUGGGGCUGCCGUCCAGUGGUUGAGGGAUGGGCUCGGGAUAAUCAAAACAGCGAGUGAAAUCGAGGAGCUGGCCAUGAAAGUGGGCUCGUCCGGUGGGGUUUAUUUCGUGCCGGCUUUCAACGGGCUUUUUGCCCCUUGGUGGCGUGAUGAUGCCCGUGGGGUGUGUAUUGGGAUCACAAGGUUCACUAAUAAGUGCCACAUUGCCCGGGCCGUGCUCGAGAGCAUGUGCUUUCAGGUGAAGGACGUUUUGGACUCAAUGCAAAAGGAUGCUGGGGAAAAAGGAGAGGUUAAGAAGGAUAAGGGGGAGUUUUUACUUAGGGUUGAUGGCGGAGCAACUGUUAACAACCUCCUUAUGCAAAUUCAGGCCGACAUCUUGGGAAGCCCGGUUGUGAGGCCGGCUGAUACCGAGACAACAGCACUCGGAGCAGCUUAUGCUGCCGGAUUAGCUGUUGGCAUUUGGACCGAAAAGGACAUAUUCUCCGCAGCGGAAAAGACCGAAAAGCCCACCAUUUUCCGGCCAAUCGUCGAUGAGGAAACAAGGAAGAAGAAGGCCGACUCGUGGUGCAAAGCAGUUUCGAGAACCUUCGACUUGGCCGAUCUGUCUCUGUAA